AUGUCACCAGGCGCUAAGGCUUUAAAUACCUCUGCAGAGCUGCCUGUCUCAUCAGACAAACAAAACAAAUGCAUGACAACUUCUAACAGCCACAGAGGCGAGGAACCACCUGCAGAAAAUACAACAGCACUCCUGCCAACUAGAAAACAAGGACACCAUGGGAGAACAGAUCAUGUUUGCUCAAAAUAACCUUGAGCGGAUCCAGGCUGUGGAGAACUCUUUUGGGCUUUUAGGCAAGCCCCUGUCCAAGCCGGGCCGGGUUCUGAUAGGAGAGGGCCGGCUGAUGAAGCUGAGCCGCCGCGGACAACAGCCCAAAGCCUUCUUCCUCUUCAACGAUGUGCUGGUGUACGGCAGCAUCAUUCUGAACGGACGCUGGAACAAAAAGCAGCAGAUCAUCCCUCUAGAGGACAUCCAGCUAGAGGACUUGGAGGAUAGCAUUCAAAUGAGAAACCAAUGGUUAUUGCGCACCCCACGGAAGUCCUUCUACGUGAGGGCAGUGUCGUACGAGGAGAAGCGAGCGUGGAUCGAGCACAUCGAGGAGUGCAAGUCCAGUAUGCUGAGCAGGCCCAGAUCCGAUUUCGCUGUCACCUGGAUCCCUGACCAGGCCUCUGCAGUCUGCAUGCGCUGCACCUACAGUUUCAACGUGGCCCACCGACGACACCACUGCCGGAAAUGCGGCUUCGUGGUCUGCGGCGCUUGCUCCAAGAAGCGAGCAGUAAUCGAACACAUUCACCCCACUAAGUUCUUGAGGGUCUGCAACAUGUGUCACUCCAGCCUGUCCACAACAGAGCAGCGAGCGGAGACCAAGGAGGUGGCUCGUGGGAGGGGGAACAGCACCGAGAAGAUUAGCUCCGAUGAAGAUGAGGUGGAUUCGUGCAGUGAGGAAGAGGAGGCUGAGGAGCAGCUGGAGGAGAAUGACCCCAGCAUAUGGAUGAAGUCUCAACUGGAGUCUUGGUCCACAUAUGUUUACCUCAAACCAGAGCAUGUGAGGCCCCUAGCAUGAAUUGGACUAACAUGGACACACUACUAAUGCAGCUUUGCAUGGCAUCCUCACUAAACAAAACAAUACUUUAUUGAGCCAAACUAUUUUGUACAUAUUUUAUUUAGAGAAUUUUUAAGUUGGUAUAUUGUUGUUUCACAUUAUGCUGCUGGAAACUGUUGCUGUGAACUUGAUUUUUUUACACUUUUUAUUUAAGGCUGGUUUCAGUCACGUACUGUAUGUCUAUGUUAGUGUUUGUGCACAUGAGAGUGUUUGGACCAAAUGCAUGUUUCACAUUUGUCUUUGGAAUAAACUAUGAAAAAUAAAGCACUUUCAAAGUAA